UUAUAGCGGGACUGCGGAAGGCAUUCAGACACUGGGGGGAACUGACUAACUGCCACUGACAUCCCCAGUGACACUAAUACAGUGAUCAGUGCUAAUAAAAAGCACUGAGACUGUACAAUGACACUGGGCAGGAAGGGGUUAAAAUCUGGGGUGAUCAAAGGGUUAAUUGUGUGCUGUUUUACUAACUGUGAUGUGUGUGUUUUACUGUGUAAGCAUGCUUCUAUGCAGAGCAAUACAAAGCAGCAUGCUGGUGAUGACAGGGGAUAGAUCUGUAUUGUUUACAUAUAGACCUCUCCCCUAAAUGCAAAAUCAU